GUGAAAGCGAUAAUAUUUGGCCUUUGCUUUUUCCACGCCGUUUUGCUGGAACGCAAGCGUUUUGGUCCUCGCGGUUGGAAUAUGAAUUAUCCUUUCGCGAUGGGUGACCUUCGUGACUCGGCAAUGGUGUUGUUUAAUUACAUGGAGCAGCAGCAAGGCGGCUCCAAAGUGCCUUGGGACGACCUGAAGUACAUCUUUGGUGAAAUCAUGUACGGAGGGCAUAUCAUUGACCCAAGAGAUAGACUUGUCUGCAACACUUACCUGAACUUCUACAUGCAGGCAAGUGAAACAUUAGGACUUUUCCCCCGCUUCGUUCCUCGGGCUUUGGUUCCUUUGCUCCCUUUCCUAGCUAGAGUGUACACAGGCGCUCACGAAUCGUUGUUAGUAGUGGACCGCCUCCUCGACGAAGCCGAACUCUUCCCCUUCUGUGAACAGCACGAAGGCGUCUCCUACAAAACCCCUCCGGCCCAGAGUUAUGAAAGGUACAUGGAUUGUGUGGCUUCGAUGCCGCCUGAGACGCCGCUGGCGUUUGGUCUUCACCCGAAUACGGAAAUCGGAUACAGAACGCAACAGUGCGAGGACUUGUUCAAAACCCUUUUAGAGUCAGAGGGAGCCUCUGCAGGAGGGACAGCAGGCAAAGAAACGGAUGGCGAAGCGCUCUGCAAAGAAAUUCUUGACGAACUGGGAGACGCUCGAUUUGACGUAGAGGAGAUAAGCCAGUCAAUUCCGGAUGAGGAGAAGGGGCCUUACCAACACGUUUUCUUGCAGUGCAUGAACGUGUUGGUGAAGGAAAUAAGCCGUUCGUUACUUGAAGUUGAACUAGGUUUUAAAGGAGAGUUAACUUUUUCUGCUACGAUGGAAAAGCUCGUCGAAGACAUUCGCAUGAACAGGGUGCCAGGCUCCUGGAUGAAGGUCUCGUUUGCUUCUUGCAGGCCUCUGGGUUCUUGGGUGGCCGAUGUGAAGCAGCGAUUUGAACAUUUGUCUGAGUGGACUAAGGAGCCGACAGCAACUCCUAAAGUAGUUAAUUUAGCUCGUCUUUUCAGCCCCCAGUCUUUCCUAACUGCUGUUAAAGAAGUUUGUUCGCAACAACACCAUCUCGAGCUCAACAAACUCAACGUACUCACCACUGUCACCAAGAAAGAUGUCAACUCGAUUGACGCCCCAGCCAGAGAAGGGGCUUUUGUGACGGGCUGUGUCUUGGAUGGAGCGCGGUGGGAUGUUCAAGGAGGAUGUUUGGCGGAGUCGAAGCCAAAGGAGUUAUUCUUUCCUAUGCCUGUCAUACACUGCAAGGCCUCUCUUGAGAUAAAGAACGAAGACAGCAGCACUUACAUCUGUCCUGUUUACUUGACAGUUCAAAGAGGCCCCACAUUUGUCUUCAACGCACAACUCAGGACAAAAAUGCCUCCAGCUAAAUGGAUUUUAGGAGGAGUCGCCAUGAUCUUAGACGUGGGAGGGGCAGCAUAA